GAACUGCAAAAGAGUUGAAAAUAGAAGCAAGUCGAUAUGAUCAUGCUUUUUUUUCUUAUAAUGUAGAUAUAUGUUACCAUUAUUUUAAAUUACCAAGUUUAGAAAAAGUGGCCAAGUUUCUAUGUUACAUGAUAACCCAUAAAAAAUGAAGACUGAAAAAAUUGUCCCUUUUUUCAACUGGGGAAUUGUUUUGGCGAUUUGUCUCUGCUGGUUAAGAAAUGUAAAUGGCAAACAGGACCUGACCAUGCAACACAAUGCAACAGGAUGUGAAGUGGCCAAAGCAGCUAUUGACAAACUAGAACAACUGAUGGAGAAAAGUAUCGAACUAGGAUACUACUUCCAGACACGCGACAAGUACAUGCUGACAAGAUUAGCCUUCCUGUCAGAGUUUGGAGAAACCGAGUACAGGGAAAAUGCGUCCGGGAUCUGGCAGCUGACCAGAGAAAACUGGGAAAAGGCUCAGACAGUGGUUUCCGGGACAAGUCAAGUGCAGAUUGGGAGGCUGAUCCAACAACAACUUGGCUUCUAUUUCCACGACACAACUUUCGAGAACCAGACACAGCCAAUGGUCAAUUUAGUGGCCGCUCAAAUUAUGAUUGAAAUUCAAGCUAUACAAUCAGACGUCGUGCCAGCGAGGAUCGACAAAAACGGCCAAUGGGAUUUCUGGAAAAACGCAACGGGUCUCUCUGACCCAGACGGCUCACUUCAACCAAGCUUCAACCAGAAAUCUGACCUGCUUGACACAAACAGUGGUGAUGGGGGGAGCGAAUGCAUGACAUGCACGGACCCUCCGACUGAUGCCGUCUUCAUAAUGGAUGGAAGUGGAAGCAUAAAUGAUGAUGAGUACCUGCAACAAAAGAAUUUCGUCAAAGCUGUUAUGAACCAAUUUGAGGAUCAAAUGACUGUCGGAGAAUCUCAAGUUGCUUUUGUACUCUUCAACGAUAGAAUGGUGGAAUCGAGCGAUUUUUCGAGUGAUAAACAAGCAGCUGAUCGCUACAUCGAAGAGCUUGGCAACCCGAACGGGGGAACUGAUCUGGAUGAGGGAUUGAAUGAGGGGAUUAGAAUUGUUCGAGAAAGCGUGCAUUCUCGACUGAAUGAUGAGACAGUUCGAAAAUUUUUCUUUUUUCUCACAGAUGGACAAGGCAAUCUGACUAACGAGACGGUUAAUGAUCUGAGAAACCUCCCUGAAGUACUCGUGUACUCAAUUGGGAUGGCCGGUGAUGUCGACCCAAUCGCCCUGACCACAGUGGCCUCCCAUGAAAAUUUCGUUAAAAUUUACGAAACAUUCGACGAGUUCGAAGCUGACAUUGCCAGCAUCUUGUAUGCCACUUGCCGCAUCACAUCCUUUAAG